CCACCACCACCACCACCACCAUCACCACACGGCCCAACGACCUCGCUUCUUCCAAAUCCGAGUCUUUCCUCUCUCUCAACUACCACUUCUUUUACAGUACUCAACCUUGGAGUACGAUCGGAACCCUGAACGGUUUUCAAAUCAUGAAAACCAAAACCACAAGUCACGGACAAAAUACCAUGGCCAUUACUGAGUUUCAAGAGAGAGUCUACACUUCCCUCCUGGCCAUCCCACGAGGCAAAGUUUGUUCAUAUGGUGCACUGGCAAAAUCAUUAUCGACUUCACCUCGCGCCGUGGGUGGUGCUUUGAGGAACAACCCUUUUGCACCAGAGGUCCCAUGUCAUAGGGUCAUCGCGAGUGAUGGUCACGUAGGUGGAUUCAUGGGUGAUUGGCAAAAAGCACCAAGUACAAUCAAUCAGACCAAAAAACUCGACCUACUCGCGAAAGAGGGAGUGUAUUUUGACGAUCAAGGUAGAUUGUUGGUCAUCAACAAGUCCACACCCUCGACGACAAAACACCUCAAGAAGUCAUCGACAGUGACAGUCGAAAACAAUGCAGGUGGACAUGACUCCCCGUGGUUCGACGGUCCAUGGGAUCUAGAAACCGCAAAGACGAGACUGGUAGAAAUCAUGACAAACAACGACAAACCCGUCUGA